AUGCCCAGGGGCUUUGGCGGGAGCGCUCCACCGCGACCUCCACCGCCAUCUGGACCAUCUCCGGCUCGAGAAAGUUCAAAUACAUUCACUCAGGAAGCCCAAAAACAAAACAACAGUCCUUCGAAAGAAAAAAUCCUGCAACAGGAAAUCGAGCGGCUGAAUAAAAAGGUCAGCGAAAUGGAAUCUUCCAUGAUGCUGCUACGUGAUAUGAAUGAAAAUCUAACAACUUAUAAUAAAAAAGUGGUCAAUCGAAAUGCUGAGCUGGAGAAGCAGGCUGAUGAAUUGAGCAAACAGCUCCAAUGGCUAGUUUCUGGCCAAGCAACUCCCGAAGCUCCCCGUCAAAGUCCCCCAGGCGUCGUACACCCUUCAUCUCGACCCACAUCUUCCCCAAGCCAACCAAAACAAAAACCUCCUCGUCCAACUCAAACACAGACACGACAGAUGAUGGCUCUCUGGGACUAUAAAGGCGACCAAGAAGGUGACUUGCAGUUCAAAGAAGGAGAUGUCAUCAACGAUGUGAAACCCUCUUCACUUGGCUCAGACUGGCUGCAGGGAAAGUGCAAUGGAAAAAGAGGAGUUUUUCCCGCGACUUAUGUUACUGAGCUUGUUGCUUCACUGUAA